CGUAGGACUGUGCCUGUGCGUCAGUGUGGUUAUGUCGGUGCGAGCAAAAGCCCCGGUGAAACACAAAUGUAGGAACUUGGGCCGCGGAUACAGCCGGUGCUGCGCUCAAAACAAAGUUAGUGGCAGCAAACCUGGGUCCCGGCGGUGGUCCCUGGGACCGGCAUGGCGUGCGUGCUCUAGGAUACUGGGGGACGAGGGAAGCAUCCGGGAGUGAGAGCUCACCUUGGCGCUCUGCCAGGGAGGGGAGACUCCUGGAAGCCACUGAGCGGAGCCGCAGGGAGGGGGAGUGUGCCACCGCGGUCGCCUGGCUACGAGCAGAGAGAGGGCGGAGGGCGUGACCGUGCGGCGCGAUCCACCCGGGCGCCGGCGAAGCCCGAGGCGCAACUGGUGCUAGGCGGGUGCAGCGUCUCGCUCGGGCCGCGCGACCCCGAACACGCAGGGCCAGGCCUUUGCAUGAAGCCGCUGGACCCCUCGGAGCAGGAGCAGCAGCAGCCGGAGCCCGGCAGCCCGCGGUUGGAGGAGGUCAGCCCCGGGAUCCCCGUCCCGGUGCCUACGCGGCUGCGGACUCCCCCAUAGGCCGCUGCUGAGGCUUCCCAGGAGGCAGUGGCGUUGGAGGCCGGGUGUGCAGUGUCGGGAAGGGGGCAUCUCAGGGCUCUUCAUGCUCCAGACCUCAAAUCUGGACCCUAGUGGUGUAAGAAUAGCUGAGCGUGCAUGGCCGCUGGUGUCCCUACAGCUCUGCUGUGAGCCACCCCUUCAGAAUAACAUGGUGCUGGGCCAGAUGGAGAGCCAGAUUGCCCCCUACAUCAUCGACCUGCAGUCCAGGAACCAGUUCCGCCAAGACACGGUUUCCUAGAAGCCAGACCAAAGCACCUCAUCGCCACCAUCUAUUGCUGCUGCUUUUCCAGCUGGCUUCUGGAAAGACUGACAGAGGAGACAGCUUUACAGGAUAAAGUAGCUAUCAAGAUGCUCCAUUUGCGAAGUUCACAGAUGCUACAGAUGUUGGAGAGCUCCUUAAGGAAAUACCUUCCUGAGUCCUUAAAGGUUUAUGGCACUGUCUUCCACAUGAACCAAGGAAACCCAUUCAAGCUCAAGGCUCUGGUGGACAAGUGGCCUGAUUUUAAUACAGUGGUUGUCCGUCCUCAGGAGCAGGAGAUGUCAGAUGACCUUGAUCACUACACCAACACUUACCAGAUCUAUUCUAAAGAUCCUAAGUACUGUUUGGAAUUCCUUGGCACACCAGAUGUCAUCAACUGGAAACAACAUCUGCAGAUCCAAAGUUCACAAUCCAACCUAAAUGAAGCAAUAAUGGGCCUGGCAGUGGGUAAGAUGGUCAAGGUCAAGAGAACACAAUGCAUUCUCUACAUGAUGCCCAAGACAGCAAAGAAACUGGUUCCUUUCCUGCUGCAGGAUACAGAGCACUUAGAUCAAGAAUCUGGCAGACCCCGGGCUAUUGACCAAAAAAUGUUUAAACUCUCAUCACUGGAAGUUACCCACGCUCCCUUGGUGGAUAAAUUCUGGCAGUUUGGUGGUAAUGAGAGGAGCCAGAGAUUCAUUGAGCAUUGUAUCCAGAUCUUUCCUAGCUCAUGUCUCCUGGGACCUGAAGGGACUCCUGUGUCCUGGGCUCUGAUGGAUCAAACUGGAGAAAUGCGAAUGGCGGGCACGGUGCCUGAUUACCGGGCACAAGGCCUUAUCUCCUACAUCACUUAUGCUCAGACUCUGGCUAUGGAGAAGCGUGGCUACCCUGUGUAUAAUCAUACAGAUCAAGCCAACAAAGUCAUACAGAAAAUGAGUCAUACUCUACACCAUGUCACCAUGCCCUGUGACUGGAAUCAAUGGAAUUGUGUACCUCUGUGAUUCUGGUGCUCAACACACGACUGUGUUGAAUGGGCCAUAAUAAAUCUGGAGGAUUUGAAGGUGGUCAUAGAGAAAAUACAGAUUGUAAUGAACAAUAAAAGAGUGGGCAUUGCUUGGGCUCUGGGGAAGCAGUGUGACUAGUCAACACUAUACCAUAGUCCUUACCCUCAUAUUACCUUUUAUAUCCAGCAGAGCUGUAAUGGCCAGACAUCUCUGCUGAGCCACCAUCUUUGUUCGGUUUUCUAUGUUCUAGAUAUCAGUGACUCAUGUUUUCAGCUGCACAUUACUACCCCCAUGUGGAUUAUUGCCCAUGAUCAGUUUUGUCGUGAUGUGGUGUUGAUGUGUGACUAGUGUAUGCUUUUCUCCAGCACUCCUUUGUUUAGGAGUUAGGAUACUUCUCAUCAACAGGUACUUUGAAAUGAUCACUUCACUGGAAGUUCUUUGAUCUCUGCUUAAUGCCAAAUAAUACAUGGAUAAAUACAUGAUAGUAGUUUGAUGAUA